AUGAAUGUGUGGAAAUGGGUUCUACACCUUGCAUUUAUCUUCUGUGUGAUAACAUACUGCUCCUGCCUCGUUUAUGAAGAGGGUAUGCCCAAAUUACUACAACAUUGCUUAACACAGACGAGCCAUGUAAAGGGUAACAUUACACGAGACACUGCAGAAGCUAUCCAUUACUUGUGUACAAAAGAAUAUCUCUUUAAGACACCCGAAGAAAGAUGGCAUCCAGAUCUUGAUCACGUGGUUAAUACCGAUAGUCUGCAUGAAUUUGCAAUGCUCUUCAAAGAACUUGAUGUUGAAGAAAAUGAUAGUCAUAGAGUGCAUUACAAAUACUCAAGUAUCAAAAAGCAUUUUGUAAGAGUCAAGCGUAAGGGACCAAUCGUUCGAAAGGAAUACAGACAGCUGACAAAAAAGGAGAGGACAAAAUUUCAUAAGGCUUUGAAAGCAAUGAAGGCUGAUACGAGUGAUCCCAAAAGGCAGCCAAAUGUGUAUGAUUGGUUUUGUAAUCUUCAUCCUAACAAAGUAGCCCCGAACGCUCACUAUGGACCAGCCUUUUUAGGUUUUCAUCGAAUCAUGUUGUAUCUAUUCGAAGAAAAACUGAGAUCAUAUGAUCCAGACGUGUUUAUUCCAUUUUGGGAUUCAACGUAUGAAAGCAUUCUGGACACACCAACAGCCAGUGUCAUUUUUACCGAGGAUUUUAUGGGAUCAGGCACGGGAACAGUGGUAGACGGUCCUUUCAAAAACUGGAAACACGACACUGCUGGUGUCCUUAUCCGAAACAUUGGUAACAGCGGACAGCUUUUUGAAAGAGAAAAAUUAGACAAAAUGAUGAUGAAAACUUACAUAUCAGAAAUUACCCAACCUGAUGCCGAGUUUGAUGUGAAUCUGGAAGCCAUGCACGGUCAGGUGCAUGCAUGGAUUGGAGGUUCCAUGGAUAACCUGGACUAUUCACCUUCAGAACCUCUUUUCUAUUUACACCACUGCUAUGUAGAUGCGUUGUGGGAAAAAUUCAGGGAUAACCAGGUACAACGUGGCGUAGAUCCAACAUCUUACCCUGAUGUUACCGGUGGUCAUGGUCCAGAUAAGCCAAUGAAACCAUUCUAUCUAAAAGUCAGAAAUGGAAAGAAAAUAUACUUGAAAAACAAAGUCGGUUAUGCUCUGAAAUGGUCCCAAUUAGUGCAAUACCAAUAUCCAAAGAGAAACUGCAAGACUAACAGUGACUGUGGGUCAGACGUUAUGGUUUGUAGAGAUGAACAAUGCAUGACUAUGACUGCACAUGAAUACGAGGUUUCAAAGAGGCCAAAACCUAAAAGGCACAAAGUGGCUGCUUUACCAAUUCCAACGGAACCUCCAAAGCAGGAAGAGGAUUAUCUGCCGGGUUGGAACAGUUGGUUUGGCUGGAGAAGAAAGAGAAGCGUUAGUUACAUUCACAGACAUUAUCGAUAUCCCUACAGGUACAUUACUAGUCAUCACUUCAACACAAAAAGGUAUCUACGGAAGUUCUACAGACGCCAGAACUCCAGAUCCACAACAGCAGUGAAAUACAAGUAUUCUGAUGAAAAGACUUCUCCUAUAUAUCACUCAUUUCAGAAUACCUUUACCAUCGAUGGUGUGGAGGAUACAUCCAAAUGGGUUUAUAUUCCCAUCAUAGUGUAUUACAGAAGACCAAUCGAGGUACACUAUGAUGCCCACCCAAUAAAGCAUGGUCAUCCUGUUAUGAAUAAGGAUGUUUUUAACCAAUAUCAUGACGCUAAAUAUAUUACUCACAAAGUUGGAAACCCUGCAAGAAAUCCAAAAUGCAUACAUAUCGGUUCGGGUGCAACCAAAAUAUACGUUAAAGCUACUGGUAUCAAUUACAACGGAUUUUAUACUGACUAUGCACUUGUUGACGAACGACAACCCUUGUCCUUUUCUUUGACCGAUGUUGGAGUGAGGAAACCGGUUGGUAAAACUCCCUCUAAAGUCUAUAUCUCGGCCCAUGAUCCAUGUGGACGUAGUUGCAAACCUCGCUGUCUUGUUGCAGGUUCAAAUCCACCACGAUAUAAAAAAUGUACAGGGACUCUAGGUGUCACAGACCAUGGGCCUCUUAUGUAUAGUUCUAAUAUCGGUGAUGCUCAUCUAAACACUUAUGACUUCUCCACUCUCCCGCCUACUUUGUCCAAUAAAAAAGUCUUUCUUGUUUUCUAUUGUGACCAAACAGAGGCUUGGCCCUGGGAUUGA